AAAGUAAACUAUUUUUAGGGUUUUCCUUCAACGCCUCCAUAUAAUCAAAUAACGAAGAAACACAAGGUUGGACUGCGAGCUUUGAAUUUUAGGUGUCCUGCAGAGUGAGGAAGCUCCCCUGAAAACUUCAGUUGAAAAUGCCUAAGCAAAUUCAUGAGAUCAAGGACUUCCUUCUCACUGCUAGAAGGAAAGAUGCUCACUCUGUAAAAAUCAAGAAAAGCAGAGAUGUUGUAAAGUUCAAGGUCCGCUGCUCCAAGUACUUGUACACCCUUUGCGUGUCUGAUGCUGAGAAGGCCGACAAGUUGAAGCAGUCUCUUCCUCCAGGUUUGAGCGUCCAAGACUUGUGAAAUUACAACUGCCCUUAGCUUCUACUAGGCAAUGAAAACUAGAUUUUGACUUUUAGUUUAUUGCUUGCAUUUCGUGUCGUUUUGCAACAAUCAAAAGUUUUUAUAAUGGAUUUUUAUUUGGUGUGUUUUUUAUGGACGUUAGUAAUGUUAUUAGAACCCUUUAUUUAUUUUAGUGUUCGUGUUCUACA